AUGUUUCCGGUGUUACCACGCACCGGUCAAGUUGUCGAUCCUGGAUCAUCAAGUUUUUCAUUUCAUCACUCUCAACCGGAGGAAAAUUUCAAAAAAAUUGAAAAAAUAGGAGAGAGGUACGAUCGACUUGCACGAAUUGCUGGUAAUGCGCAACGGUCAAGUCCAAUGUUUAUUAAACUGAUCAACAAGAAUUUGUCAAGAAGUCGUACAAUCGACAAGCAAAUUCAUGCAGUUCGAUUAAACGGAGAUAAUAGCAGAGAAUGGCAAUUAAAUAAACCGAGUUGGUUGUAUUCAAAAGUUCCCGAGAAUCAGUUAAAGCGCAAUAUAGAUGAAGAGAUGGACACAGAAAAUGAAAUUUGGAAAUUCAAAAAACCGGAAACAACAGAAGCUUCUUGUAUUUCCAAUAAUAAAAAACAAAAAUAUAUUAUUUUCAAAGAAUACUUCCGUUUUUGGAAUUUCUCUUUAGAACCGGCUAAUUUAAUUCAACAUUCCUUGGAUAUUUUGCAUAUGUCGAUGAUAAAUCGGAAAUGUUCUACGGAUCAGAAAUCAGCAUUUUGUUGUCAACAAGUUACUAAAAGUGUGGAAGAUUUUACAAAUAAGAAUGCAAACAUAUGCAAUGUUCCACAGGAAUCGAAGAAAUGUCAUGAGUUUUGCAUCAAUAUUAAUCCGGAAAAUGGACGCUUCAUUAAUUCUACAGAAUAUCCAUGUCAGGAAGGCAACAAGUCAUCAAUUUCAAAGUUUGUAGAUUGGGUUCAAACGAUUGUAUAUAAUAAAACGAGCGCAAUAAUCUUUGGACAAAAUGAAAAUACAAAAAAUCCGGAAUUUCAUGCUUGGGCUCGACAAAUGCUUCAGAAUUUGGAUGUCGCACUCGCUUUGAACAGCUACAAUAGCACUAUGACAUUGCCAAAGGAACAAACCAGCAAUACCGUUCUUUUAAGCCAAUGGAUCGAAUUUCCGAAAUCGAAUGAAACAACCACCAAUCAAGAGGUUGCCUGGCAACUACUAAAAGAGUACCAACAGUACGAUGAGAAUGUUUCUAAUAAUCUAAUCCGAAUUUGCACAACAAAUCAAGACAUGGCUGAAAUUAUCUGUACGGAACAGUAUUUCCAUAAUGUAUGUCAUUUAAGUGAUCCAAAUGAAUGUGUGGAUGAUAUUUUUAAUGCACAAAGAUCCGUCAUUUGUAGACAUUUUAUGAUAGACGAUGAAAAAGUUGUGGAAAUAACUGAACUACUCUGUGAUUCAUUGAAUGAAUCGGUCAUUUUCUGGGAUUAUCAACGUGAAGCAUCGGAAAGUGCCACCGGCAUUCUCAUGUUACAGUUAACUCGUACAACUGUAAUGCAUUCCAUUCCUGUUGCUGCUCUUCAAUUAGAUCAACAUGAUAGGAGUGAAAGCGCAAAAGAAAAACGAGGCAACUAUAGAAGCGGUGUAAAAUUGAAAACUGAUGAACAAGCUGGGAAAUUUAUUAAAGCACCAUUUUCGGAACCGUCGGUAGCAUUCAGGAAAAUUAAUCAUACAUUUGCAACAAUCGAUUCUACAACAGUGCAGACGUCUAAGCAAACUGAUGAAAUUGUUCUGACAAUAUCGGACAACCAAUCGGAACUUGAUAUUGCAACAUUAGAAAUUGCCCACACUACUACGUCAAAUUUAACAAUUCCAUCGGAAGUAAGGCAAAAUUUUGACGUUUUAAACGGUACAACAACAAAUAUAACGAAUUCGAAUGAUAUGAAUAAAAUCAAUACAACCGCUGAAAUUCAGAAAACUCGCACUAUCAAUGGGAAACCAUUCAAUAUGGAUUGCAAUAUUGAAAAAGAUGAAUUCAGUGUAACUAAUUGUAGCAAUUGGGCAGCCGCAGGAUAUUGUGUUUCGAAUAACGCCACGCGAUUUCUGUGGUGUCGCAAAACAUGCCUCUGUGUCGGACCACCACAGUUAUGA